AAUACCAAGGCAUGCGCCGCAUUAGGGAGAUCCUUGAAACGCAUGACUGGGCCGCGCCGUCUGACGAUGCGGGUCCCGAUGGGUUUGGCGACGACGGCCUGGAAGAGCAUCUUCUAGGACUGGAUCAUGGGGAGAACGGGUUCGAUCUUGAAGUCAACGAGCUGGAACGCGAGAUGCUAGGGUUGCGGAUGGCGAUUGAGCAUGGGGGUGAUGGGAUAGAUGAUGAGGAUGAGGAUGACGAGGACGGACUCAAGGUCGAGUCUUUGGAGGCUUUGAUGAUGCGGAUGCAAGCUAUCAGAGACAUGAGUUCGGAGUUACCGGAGAGUGAGCGCAAGAAAUUCGCUGCCAGAGCUGUACGAGAUAUCAUGGAAGAGUUAUAG